CAAUAUAUGAAUCCCUCAAUUGAUAGGGGAGAAAUAUUCUGAAUUCACAUUUUUUACAUGGUAUAAGAGCCAUUCUAAAGGUACUACUGGCAUUUUUUUAAGAUCCGCUGUAAGGCUCUCUCAAUGGCUUUCUCUUCAUUGCUGAGAGCAACAAUCAAGUGCAUGACCUGCCCUGAGAAAUAUUUUGAGAAGGUUCUGCGGCUGGCAAUCAACAAGUUGGGGACAGAUGAAUGGGGUCUUACAAGAGUGGUCGCCACUCGAGUGGAGGUUGACAUGCAAAGAAUUAAAGAAGAAUCCCAUCGGAGGAACAACGUUCCUCUGGAUCAUGCAAUUGCCAAAGACACUUCUGGAGACUAUGAGAAAACGCUUCUCGCAUUGAUUGGACACGGGGAUGCAUGAGAAAUGAUGCUGGUUUGAGUUGUUGAUCCAUAUGAAUGUCGUUUAUGUUACCUGCGAUAAGUUGUUUUUGCUUUGGAUGUGUGUCUUGUUUUAUGGAUGUAGUUUAUGUUGUCUUUAAUUUGGAUGCACGUUUGUGUUAUGGUU